AAGUGACGCCAUCAUUUUUUUUUGCCAUGGUAAACACUAACGAUGGUAACACUAACGAUUUCUUUAGUACUGUAAGGCUGAAAAGCUCUUUAAAGUGUCAAAUAGUUCGUGUAAAACAGACGUUUCGGGCUUAGCCCUUCUUCUCUCAACACUUAUGGGUUUUUAGUUCAUCUCUACAAUGUAUUCAGUAAUUUUGUAAUAUAUGACUUGAUCAUUUUUACCUGUUUAUUUGUAUAAAAACUCUUCCUUAGUAGUAAUAACCCUUUAUUUGACUUUCUCGAAGCACUGUUAUUUUCUUUUAUUUCACAUUUUUUUAUAAAGCAGAAAAUUAAGGGUGCAUAUAUUGAAUGAGCGACAUUCGCCAGUUCACGCCCGCAGCCACCUUAAUGAUUUUAAAAUCCUCCUACAUUCUGUAAUCAGGUGAUAUUACGGAUUAACUGUGAUCAGCGAAAGAACUUGAAUACAUCUACUCAUCCAGUAAAUCGUGUUUCCUUCUGCUGUUAAUUAGUUUUUGUAAACUGACUCGCCGUAUCGUCUGUGGUCUUAUUGGAGGCGUUGCGGCCAGAUAAAACGCGGUUAGAUUUCCUUACUGAUUGAGACCCGAGUCUACUGCAUUUCUCGAGUUACCUAUUUCGUCAGGGCCUAUUGCCAGUAUUAUUUCUCGGGAAUAUCGACUACUUUUCGAUACUUUGAAGAGGUGUUGGUGGUUGCUUUCUCUUAAGCCAACUGUACUCUUUUCAAAACUGUCCAAACAAUGUUAAAACCUGCAUUAAUUCUAUUCCUAAUCCAGGUAUGCAUAAUACGUCGACUUGGGAUAAACACCGUAGACGGCGUCCUGUGCAACUCUACAGGAAGUUUUCCAGAUCAAAACGACUGCAGAAAGUUUUAUAGUUGUUAUCGAAUUGGGACAGAUGCCAUUGAUUACACCUGUCCUUCCGACAGACCUUUUUAUCACGCAAAGAAAAAGGCAUGUAGAAGCAUUAGUAAAGACCAAGCUGCAUCUCUUUGUCCAAUUUUACUGAGUCCAACUCCAACAGCUUCUUCGAGUGGGAGCCUGAUCAUGAGUCACAGUGAAAUAUCACCCUCCUCGCCAGUUAGUAUGGUUUAUAGCCAGUAUACUACACUGCUCACUCAAGGCGUCAUAAUACCUUCGUCUUCAGUACUACCAGGUGUCUCCAAAAGGGGAGUAAUAGUGCCUACCUUGUCGACCUCCGAAGGCCCAAGCUCUUCAAUAACCACAAAAAUUUCAGGAACCUCCAGUCCAACCACGAAUCCUUGCCAGGCAGCGGCUUUUGAAGAGAAAGUCAAAUGCUUCAAAAAGAAGACUGAGAAGAUGAAAAAGAGUAUGCAGGAUAGUACAUCGAUAACGACGAUUCAGGAUAUUUUACGAACUACCGCAAAUGAUGCUGGGGAUGUCUUUGAAACCGCCCUCCAUUCACAAGCACACAGCUCUGCCGCAUUCAACGCUUUUGACAUUGUAAUCAUAUUAGAAGACCUGUGGAAAGAUGUCCUGGAGGAUUUGACGAAUAGCAGUGAACCUAUACGAAUAUUUACCGAGAGCUUUGUGUUUCAAAGUGCAAGAGUCAGUGGUAUGUAUAAAUUUCCGGAAGAAUCUCAACUUCACUCAUACAACGAGACGUCCGGGGACCAAGUGUCUGAUUACAUAAGGCUGCCGCAGAAACUGCUCUCUCAGGACAGAUAUCCUUGCCGCUCAAUUGGUGCUCUGUAUUCGAAUUUGCACUCUAUUGUCCCAGCACGGGUGGGCGGUACAAAUGAAACUCUGAAGUUAAACAGUCGCGUGAUCUCCAUGUUCCUCUGUGUUCCAGUCAAUAACACCUUUCAAAGACACAUUCUCAUUGUGCUGAAACAUCUCAAGGUUCUUGAUGACAACGAGUUUACAUAUUGUGCUUUCUGGGAUUUCUCGAUAAAUACUGCUCAUGGUAGAGGUGCUUGGUCACGAGAGGGCUGUCACGUGGUUACUGAACAGUCCAACAGCUCACAUACAGUGUGUGCCUGUGAUCAUCUUACUAACUUUGCUAUUCUCAUGGCGUCAAGAGAAUUCUCGCUGUCAAAAGCUAAUAAAUUUGCCUUGAAUAUCAUUACAUACGUUGGAUGCGUGCUGUCUUUAUUAGGUGCAGUUGGCGCCAUCACGUCGUUUGUCGUGUUCACACAGCUGAAUACAGACCGUCACAUCAUACAUGGAAACCUGUUAAUUUCGAUCGCUAUUUCUCAGACAAUAUUUUUGGUUGGCAUAGGACAGACUCAUAACAAGUUCCAAUGUAAGUUCACAGCUAUCAUGCUUCACUAUUUCUACUUGGUCUCAUUUGGCUGGAUGAUGUGCGAGGGAGUCCAUCUUUAUACCAUGGUGGUGAAAGUCUUCAAUCUGUCUUCAAAAAUUUAUCACUACAUCACACUAGCGUGGGGAGUACCAGCGUUGGUAGUUUUCAUAACAGCUGCUAGUAGAUACUCUGAUUACGGAACAAAAACAAGUUGCUGGAUUUCACCAGAACGAAACGCACUACUAGCUUUCAUCAUUCCUGUCGCUGGAACUGUUUUGGCGAACAUUGUGAUCUUAGCGCUGGUUCUUAAUGAGAUUUGUCGUCUUCACACAACAGGAAGAACAUACAUGGGUGAUGUCGCUAGAUCGACCCUCAAGUCACUGGUAGUCCUUUUCCCUCUUCUUGGAGUCACGUGGUUGUUUGGCUUGCUGGUGUUUGCCACACAAAAUGUCGUAUUCCAGUAUCUGUUUGCCCUGUUUAACACUAUGCAGGGAUUUUUCAUCUUUCUUUUCCAUUGUCUAUUCAAUUCCGAGAUUCGAAAGAACUUCAAGCGCAAGAAAGAGGCAUGGAAAUCGCUAAAACCUAUCCGUUAUAUUCGCAAACGGUUAUCAGCCUCUUCAGUGGUACCAUCGGGUCCUCGCAGCUCCCUUUCAGAGAAAGCUUCUACAUUUAAGGCUUCUUCAGAGUGAUGUCCCUCGCAGGAAAACUAAUUGUUAUGAGUCCGCAUCACUGCUGGUUGACAUGAACCGUGGACGGGAGGGGAGUGCAGGGGAUUAAUCUGAUCUAUUUCUGGGAGACUCAGUAAAGUGAAUGGGGCGAUCACCUGGUGUUCAGCUCUGGGGGAUUCUAGAACGAGAGGUCCCCUUGGGAGUCUCGGUUGGAAGCAUUUUAUAGGCUGUGAUCUUGAACAGGACACUUGGCUCUCCGGUGGCCAUCUCCACUCACGAGUAUAAAUGGGUAGCAACAGAGUCGCUGGCAAAGUGCAACCCCAGACAAUACUGGUUGUAAUCUAGAGACCUACGCCCCUAUCUGAGGGACUGUUGAUAACACUGUUUUCUCUUGCAAAAUAACAAUUUAUGAUUUAAUUAUGCAAGUCUAUGCUUGCUCCCUAUUUCGUGGAAUUAUAUGAACAAAAAAAAAAAAAAAAAAAA